AUAUCGUGUACAUUCUCUGAUUUUAAGAGAGUGAAAAAUUGUAACAGUUUGCAGUAUUUUGGCUUGUUGAGCAACACAAUCGAAAACAGGACAAUAUUAGCAUUUAGCUAACUAGCUAGCAGCUAGAGUGCUCGUAGCUAAUGCAAACAUAAACUUUAUGUAAGUUACACUCAGCAAGUUAUUGUAUAAUAACUCAUAUUAUGUGAGUAUAGGCUACACGUAAAGCCUCAAACAUAUACACUAUAACUUAACAAUUAUAAUAAUUAUGUGGUUUGUAAAUGUGGUGCUUAAGGAGGUGUAACGUUAACACCUUACAGCAAAGAUGGCUAACGUUAAUUUAGUCAAAACCACUAAGCUAGAAAAUUAGCUUCGUGUGAAUUGAUGCAUUUUCGUAUAUUAUAUUAUACUCAAAGACAAGUCUGCCAGUGUUGUUCACUGACGAUAUUUGUGUUUUUGAACAGGUUUGUGUUAUUUCAAUCCGUCUUAGCUCCACGCAGUCGACGCUAAAUGGAUUUUUUCUUUGAUGACCUCGCGUUGCCCUCCAGCUCUCAGUCAUUCAACAUCCAGCACGAAGACCCACAGACGAGAACCGGCCAUCGUUUCACACCACAGACUAACGAGUCCCCAAAUAUGCCACAAGAUCCUACAUCAUCGGGCGGGAAGUCCUUUUUCAUGAGCACGACUGAGGGUCAAGAGCAGCAUACCAGCUCAAGUAUAGCUGACAUCAGCAGAAGAGUUCAGGAACUGGUUGAAAAGAUAAAUGACAGCCGCAACACCGACCAGAAAGUGUUGGACAGCUUCCAGGAGAAGUUAGUGGAAAAGGUGACGGAGACGUGUCAGCAGAUGAAGGAGCACAUGUACACGAUCUAUGAAGAGAACAGUAAUGAGAUGCAGGUGAAGCUGCAGGAGUUAUCCGAGGUGCUGGAGAGCUGCAUUAAGCUCAACAGUGAGCUCGUGGAGGCCAGCCAGGCUCUGGCGAGUCUCAGAGGAGCGCUGGCCAUCAGCCAGGCAUCAGAGCCCUGAUAAACUAGUCAUUGUUGGGAUUAGUUUGUGUUCUUUAGGUCAAUGUGUUGCAUAUUCAGAAUUGUUGAUUUUCCCCAAAUGCAGUCGUUAUUUCGAUUACUCGUAUUUCCGCUUUCUUCUUCCUCUUUCCUAGGAAUACACACAAAAUUGUGUCUUUGUUGUAGGAGAGCAGUUCAGUGAACUGAACACCUGAUUGUAGUCAUAGAAUACAAGAGCAAAAGCUGAAAAUA